CAACGAUUCCGAUGGCCUGACCUCAUCACCGACGUCACAAGUUAUUGCGAUUCUUGCGAAGUUUGCCGACGAAACAAACCCCCCAACCGCAACCCCUACGGCGAGCUGCACCCGAUGCCGAUCCCGCAGGAACCCGGUCUCUCCAUUGCCAUGGAUGUCACCGGACCAUUCCCCCGCGACCGCCUCGGACACGACGGCAUCCUCACUGUCGUGGACCAAUUGAGUAAGUACGCGCGUUUUCUCCCUUGCAAGUACUACUCCACGGCUCCCGAGUUGGCACGCCUCCUGCACACCGGCUGGAUUUACGGCCAUGGUCUACCGGAAGACAUAGUCCGCGACCGCGACACUCGCUUCAUGUCGGCAUUUUGGACUGCACUCAUGCAGGAGUUCGGCACAAAGAUGAAGCCAAGUUCGGCUCGGCAUCCACAGACAGACGGGCAGACGGAGCGGGCACAUCAAACCGCUCAAAUGAUGCUUCGUACGCUCAUCCGUCCGGACCAAAAAGAUUGGGUUGACCGCCUCCCCGACAUCGAGUUUGCCUACAACACUUCGGUGCCGCUUGCUCUCCCGCUUUCGUCCGGAAGUACAGGGAAUUGCUGGCUCAAGCCCACGCGGAUAUGCAAAAGGCUCCGCAUGCAGCAGCAAGCCAACAGGCAUCGCGAGCCACGUCCCAUCCGCGCCGGCGACCUGGUUUGGGUUUCCGCGAAAGAGUUUGCACUGAAACAGGAGGUCUCACGCAAACUGCUUCCCAAGUGGUUUGGACCAUGGCCCGUAACAUCAGCCGCAGGCGAUGAGCCCGAUGGCCCUUCAUUUGUGAUCAACAUCCCCCCGCAUCUGACGGUCCAUCCAGUCUUUCACGCCUCAAAGCUGGCAACAUACACGCCAACUAAGAGCGACGACUUUCCGGGCCGACGAUCGCAGGACCCUCCUAUGGACGGUCAUCAGGAAGUUGACCACGUCAUCACCGAUCGCAAGUACGGCAGCAAGCCUCGACAGUACAAAGUUACAUUCAAAGCCUGUGAUCGCGACCACACUCGGUGGAUUUCAGGAGCAGAUUUGAAAGCAUCCGCACCGCUGAUCUACGCGCAUUACGAGAAGCAAAGGUUAGCUCAGGAAGCUUCACAACCGGCCCCUCCCACCCGGACUGUGGUCCCUCCCUCAGACAGACAGCUUCGUCCUUGCAGGUCGCUGAAGUGCAGUCCAAGCUAUGGCGCCCAGAGUUCAAGAUCACAGGGGUACAAUUUGGGCACGGUCAAGGAACAAGCAGUCCAGCAAUUCAUCAAAGAACCAAACACCAUCCGGAGCUGGCUGAGAACUCUGGAACAAACAGCGAUUCGCACGAGGAAAGGGGCCCAAACAGAUAAUAAACGAACACUGGAAGAUGUGGGGGACAAAGGAAACCAGGAAGGACUCAAGAAGAGGAAGGCGACAGAAGCCGGAGGAAGGGAGGGAGCAUCCACUCCCCCUACUGAGAUUGAAGAGGAGGGCAAGGCCACAGAUGCAAGGGGUACGGAUUCUGAGCAGGGUGGGGAGGGGAGCAGCGUAGAAGGUGGAAGUUCUACGACGGGCAGUGAAGAAGGGUCUACACAGUCGCUGCAAUGGCUCAGGGAGUAUGUGGAUAAGGUUAAGAGGGAAAGGGAGCAUGCCUUUGACAUCCGAGCAGCGUGCCUGAAACACACUGAGAGAUCCCAGACAAGUGGCAAAAAAGGGCUGCUUGGGGGGGUGGGGAUCUCCAAUAACCAGUUUGACGCGUUCAGGAAGGUCAAAGCUGAGGAACCGUCAGAAUACACAGUGUUUCGCUAUGCUGAAAAGAAAAGGGCAAGGGAGCAGGGGCCGAAGGAUAAAGACAGAACUGUUCCUGAGUCCAAAGAUGAGUUCCAGGAUCUGCGUCCUAGGAAGUGGAAAUCAGGAAAGAACCAGAAAAAGAAGAAUCCGGAUACAAUGCAAGCAGAUUCCCCCGAGGACUCAGAACACACGCUGCUGGAAAAAGAAGCGGCGGUUGUCCUGGCCCAAACUGACGAGCUAAAAAAGUUGAAUGAAGAGUACGCCUCAGAAUUCAUCACGAUCUCACACAUUGCCAGGGACCAGGCACCCUUGGUAGUGGAAACAGCCCAAUCCUCUCGCCUGACGCUGAUGAACAUCCGCCCGCUGAUCGCAGCUAGGUAUAUGGAAAAAAUAGAGGAAUGGCAGAUUGCUACAGACGUUUCUUUCCAGAUUCCUUGCUUCGAGGAAGGCCAGAAUGUGGCAGACAUUCUCCGGGAAAAGUUGGUCAAGUCGGGUAUCCUGGAGUGGGAUGGAGAUCUCGAUCCCGUGGCAUACCCAGCAGACUGGGACAAGUUCUACAGGAGUGAGGGCUCAGAUGAUGAUUUGCAGGGAUGGCAAUCAGACAUGGAAAAAGAAGAUGCUCAAGGAUCUGAGCUGGACAAAUCCAACGAGGAGAGGGAAGGUUUCUCGCAAACUGAAUACCAGGGAACGAAGUUGGGCAAGGGUAUAGGACGGACCGCAGAGAGGGAAGGAUCUGGGGAUGAUCCCAUGGGGGAGGAUACGUGGGGGGGAGUACCAUCUCAGGCCACCUCUCCUAGAACCACAGUGAUGCCGAACCAUGGAAUACAACCGAAAUGGAGGAGAUCAAAAGAUUGGCGAAUGCGAGGGGGGGUUCGGAAGACUGGAGAGACCAAGGGAUUGCUAUUAGGAGUUGGAACGUUAACGGUUUGGGGAAUGUCAUAGACAGAGAAGAAAAAUGGAAUGAUAUUCUCACCGGGUUGAUGUUGAACAACAGAUCAGCUGCAGAUAUUAUAAUGUUUCAAGAGACGCACCUCUCCUUUUCCCCGAAACACAACCGGAUCCGGAAAUUCAUUGCAAGAAAAAUGGGAGGCAUAAGAGACGAAAUAUGGGCAGCAGACAUACUCAAAUACGAAAGGAACAGCCAUCUUAAUCCCUAAGUCAUCCCGUUUCUACGUGGCAGGAAGCGUUCUGAGAAAGGCACAUCUCCAAGAGGGUAGAUGGUGCCCCAUGCACCUUAAGUGGAACGAAGACAGUUCCUCCUGUACAGCAUCUAUGCUCCAAACGAAUCAACGCAAAGAACAUCC